AUGUAUCAUCCUCCGUCAUAUAUAUCUAUCUUCUUCUGUCAUAUCUAUCUAUCUUCUUCUGUCAUAUCUAUCUAUCUUCGUCUGUCAUAUCUGUCUGACUAUAUUCGUCUGUCAUAUCUAUCUAUCUUCGUCUAUCAUAUCUGUCUAUUUAUCUUCGUCUGCCAUAUCUAUGUCUCUUUGUCUCUCAUAUAUAUCUAUCCUCGUCUGUCAUAUCUAUCUAUCUUCCUCUCUCAUGUAUAUCUAUCUAUCUUCAUCUGCCAUAUCGAUCUCUCUAUGGAUCUUCGUCGUCUUUCUACGCAUAUCCUGUCUGUCCAAUAUUUAAUUCUGUUCAUUCAUUCAUCUAUCUAUCUAUCUAUCUCUGUUCAUUAUCUAUCUAUCUAUCUAUCUAUCUAUCUAUUUAUCUAUCACAUCUAUCUAUCUAUCUAUCAUCUAUCUAUCAUUAUCUGUUUCAUUAUUAUCUAUCAUCUAUCUAUCUAUCUAUCCAUCUCUUCCAUCUAUCCAAUUCUGUUCAUUAUCCAUCUAUUCAUCCAUCCAAUUCUGUUCAUUAUCUAUCUAUCUAUUCUAUCUAUCUAUCUAUCUAUCUAUCAUCUAUCUAAUUCUGUUCAUUAUCUAUCUAUCUAUCUAAUUCUGUUCAUUAUCUAUCUAUCUAUCUAUCUAUCUAUCUAUCUAUCUAUCUAA